AGAACAGCCAAACAUGAGAGCUCCUCGUCGCACCUGAAAUGCGCCAUGAAGUUGGGUCUGCUUGGGUUGCCAGCCGUGGAGACACACUCCGAUGAUGCCGAUCGGCUCUGCGUCGAGGAGCACAACCGACAAACUGAGGAGAAUCGGUGGCCAUUGUGUUGCGAUACGUCACCGCCGACAACACCGUCGCCGAACGGUUCCUGCAGUUUGUACAAGUGGACGACAAAACCGCCGCUGGCCUCUCCGACGCCAUACAUCAGAUUCUUGAACCCUUACGGCUCACGGAGAAACUUAUCUCGCAAACUUAUGACGGAGCCGCGAUGUUGAGUGGUGGCGAAGGCGGCGUCCAAAGCAUUCUGACUUCGAGAUACCCGAAUGCGGUGUUUGUGCAUUGCUACGCGCAACAAUUAAAUGUCACAUUGCAACAAGUAUGUUCUUCAAGACUCGGCGAGCUGAAGGUGUUCUUUGCUGAUUUAGCUGGUUUUGCGACUUUCUUCACGUCCCCCAGAAGAGCAGUCGCUUUAGCGCGGGCGUGUGAAGGCAACAUACAGCGGCCGAGAUGGAACUUUAAAAGCAGGACCGUUAACGCCGUGUGGGACAGUCAGGAAGCAAUACUAGAAUGUUUGGAUGGGAUCCGCACUCAACCGGGAUGGGAUAGCGUGAGCGUUAGCGAUGCGUUCAGCUUGUCUAUGCACUUGAAGGAGCCUAUGUUUCUCCAACUGCUGCAUUUCUUCGCAGAAGUCAUGCCGGAAGUCGAUGUUCUCCAAAAUAUACUGCAAAACCGGGAGAUAGAUGGCUCGGUUGUGAGUUGCGCUGUGGAGAACUUCAUAGCCAACAUGAAGGAGGUGAGAGAGAGAACAGACGUAAUCGCCGACCAAGCCGGCGAAGCCGAAGCCAAACGCAGGAAAACCAACACGGCCGAAAUUAUGAAGAAGGCUUGUGAUAGCAUGAUCGCACAAGUGGAGGACAGGUUCUCCAACAGCGACUAUCUGAUUGCAGCGCAGCUGGUUGACUGCUCGUUGUUCUCAAAAUUCUCCGAGACAUUUCCGUCGGCGCAACUCAACUGCGCUAUCAAACUGUGGCCCGCCGUUCUUAAAAACAAGGAGAAGUUACAGAGUGAGCUGAGUAUUCUCUACCAACACAAACAGCUCUACGGGGGGAAAUCCACGCUCUCUCUGCUGCAAACAAUAUGCGACAAUAGUCUGCUGGAAAUCUUGUCCGAAACGUGCACCCUGCUCAAUCUCUUUCUCGCAACUCCUAUGGGAUCCCCCGACUCGAACAGGAACCUUUCCACCAACGAAAGGAUUAUGACUUUUGCGAGAAACUCGACGGGGAAACAGCGACUGAAUGCUCUUUGCAUGCUUUCCAUCGAAAACCAAUUUAUCCAGGGGCUAACGGAUUUUAACAUUAAAGUCAUGGAGAAGUUUGCACGUUCAAACCACCACCACAUUUCAUUCAUAUUUAAAUGAGCCACAAUGCGUAUGUAUUAUGUUGGACACUAUAGACCAGGGGUCUAGUUUGAGGCCCCCGCCUUGAUAUGAAAGUUUAAUGUUAGUGCAAGUUUGAUACGGAUGCUGUAUGGUAUCAUGUACCCAGAAAAAAUUAUUACGUUUGAUUAAUGUUCAUGUUAAAGGUUAAAUAACUGUUCAUAGUUAUCCUCCCUAUCCGUGUGGAAGUGGUAAGUUUUUGGCUAUUUAAGUUUAAAGGAAAUAACUUGAAGGCUACCGUUUAGGUCGCUAGCUCUCUAGUUUGCGAGUUAGCAUGUGUCUCAAGACCCUGCAGUUGCGCAAUAUGUUGUAAAUAAAAAGAGUAUAAAUGUGACUAUAGUCGUGUUUUGUCAUGUCUACAGGGCUCUAAUAAUG